CCACCACCACACCACCACCACCAAACUGCGCAGCGCAACACAAAUCUCACUAUUUCCCAUCGCCAAUUCGCCAUUCCCCCACUUCUUCCAGGAGCAGCUCCUUCAAGAAAUCGAACCCCGCGAGAAAGGAAGAGGCACCGGCCGUCGGGGACGAGUUCCUUCGCCUCCGGAGCCAGGAGUUGGGAACCCAAGCCGGGCACGAUUCGGUCCGAUCUGCUCCGGGCCAUGGAGAUGGACAGCAUCGAGUGCGUGUCCUUCUCCGACGGCCUGGACGACGACGACGACGCGGUGUCCCACCUCCCCCGCCCCCUCCUCAAGUCGUCCUCCGCCGCCGGCUCCGCGGCGGCCGCGGCCGUCAACGUGGUCGUCGUCUCUGGCGGCGGGAGUGGGGGCGCCGGAGGGGUCGUCGCCGGGCCGCUCGUGACUCCCGCGAUGGGCGUCCACGAGCUGCUCGAAUGCCCCGUCUGCACCAACUCCAUGUACCCGCCCAUCCACCAGUGCCAAAACGGUCAUACACUUUGUUCAACCUGCAAAACUCGGGUGCACAAUCGCUGCCCAACAUGUCGACAGGAGCUCGGUGACAUUAGGUGUUUGGCAUUGGAGAAAGUGGCUGAGUCACUUGAGCUACCCUGCAAAUACUACUCACUAGGUUGUCCAGAGAUCUUCCCCUACUACAGCAAACUCAAGCAUGAAUCACAGUGCAAUUUCAGGCCAUACAAUUGUCCUUAUGCGGGAUCUGAGUGCUCAGUUGUUGGGGAUAUUCCUUUCCUUGUCACACAUCUAAGAGAUGAUCAUAAAGUUGACAUGCAUUCAGGGUGCACAUUUAAUCACCGCUAUGUUAAGUCCAACCCCAGAGAAGUUGAAAAUGCAACUUGGAUGUUGACUGUUUUCCACUGUUUUGGUCAAUACUUCUGUUUGCACUUUGAGGCAUUCCAACUUGGAAUGGCACCAGUAUACAUGGCUUUCCUCCGUUUUAUGGGUGAUGAAAAUGAUGCAAGGAGCUACACUUACAGCCUUGAGGUUGGGGCGAAUGGCCGGAAGAUGAUAUGGGAGGGAAAUCCCCGCAGCAUCCGAGACAGCCAUCGGAAGGUUAGGGACAGCCAUGAUGGCCUCGUCAUUCAGCGAAACAUGGCUCUGUUUUUCUCAGGUGGAGAGAGGAAGGAGCUGAAACUGCGGGUAACUGGCCGUAUCUGGAGAGAACAGCAGAAUCCUGACUCGGGUGCCUGCAUACCAAAUCUGUUCAGCUGAACUGAAUAAUCAGGGAGAUGGGAAUGAUUCAGUUGUAUAUUGUCAGAUCUGCUUGUGCCUUCGUUUCUACGAUUUGUGUUUGUUAUUUCCGUUGUUCUGCCACUAUGCCGUUGCGGCCUGCCAUAAAAUCUGUAAGGCUGAUCGCUGAAAAUAGGAGAGAGCUUGUCUUGUGUGCUUUGACUAGCGCUCAUGAAUUACACUAUAGCUGUUUUUCUCGACUGCUGUGUACAAGUACCUUGUGUCACUUUGAGAUGGUGGCUGCUAUCUCUUGCUUACCAUUUUAUUUCAGGCCACCUGGUCAUAUACUCAUAUCCUGGGACUUGGGGUUGCAAUCUGGAACAGAGCAGUAACUGGAUGAUUUGCAGUUA